UUGUAACCUUUAAAAACGGGAAUAACUUCUAACGUACCAAUUUAGUAAAUCAUGCCAAAGGUCAGAAUUCAUUGAACCCGAAUCCCUGCAUAAAUUGGGAUUAAAAAUCCCGCACUUUUUUCUCUUUUUUAUUUGUCACACCCCGUCACUCGAUAAAACAACGAUCGACGCUUAAUCCAUCCAGCUCGAGAUGAACCCUGUGAAGUUCGUGUUCCUGUGUUCUUUCAUGUUCGCCUUUGUUUCUUGGGUGUCCGGAUAUUCUGCUGUCACCAGGUGCUAUUCUUGUGGACAGCAAGGUGGUACUUCCUGCAGUGUGGAUAAUCGUGGAACUGAAACUGUUUGCUGGGUUCCUAUGGCAUCUUGCGCCACUGCGUUUGAUUCCGAAAAUAUGGAGACUGUGAAUUCGAAGGGAUGUGCCAACACCACUGGACUUCGCGACUACUGCCUUCAGGGCAUGUUUGGGUACACGUGCUAUUGCAGCUCUUACCUGUGCAAUGCGGAAGGAAGACCCGAAGGCUACGAUAAACGCCAUAUCGAAGAUGAUGAGCUCCGUUCGUUGCAUGGAAGGAUCCUGAAGAACUCUGGGGCGAAUGUCUUGAUUCUUUCGUACAUCCUCGCCAUAUUUUCAAUUGUUAAGCUCGUGUCCAUUUUAACGGGAUUAUUCUUCUUUUGAUCGGGACUUUCAAUCUUGUUACGAAUGGGGUCAUCAUCCCACGUCUUGUAUAUGCGUGUGUUGCUGAGAGAACAAUUCGAAAAAUAAUAAAUUGCAUUUGAUCUGCUGACCAAA